UUGCACGCAUCCAUAGCAGAAUAGAGAAGCUUACGGGCUCUUACUGUUACAACCCAUCAGAGAGAGAGAGAGAGAGAGAGGAGGAGAGGAGAAGCAGGAAGAAGGGUAAAACAGGAAGGAAAAGAAGAAGAAGAAAGAGUGGAAAUGGAAAAGCAGGAGAAGAGAGGGAGAGGGAGAGAAACAGGAGGAAGAGAUAGAGCAACUGUCUGUUAAGAUGAGGUCCUUCAGGUGCAUGCACCCAACAUCUGUAGUCUUUCAAAUCCGUUAGAAGAGGAGCUUUGAUCUCUGUCUCACUUUCUCUCCAUUCAUGCUCUUGCCAUUUCCUUCUUUUGCCCAUCUAUUUCUGGAGAAAAACCCAUCUUUCUCUCGGUUCAAACUGUCUAUUUUCUCAGCUGAAAUCUCUUCAUUUGAGGCAUUUUCAAGGGAUUUGCUUUGUGGGUUUUGUUUGGUUUAUUUGAUUGGUGUUUUAGAUGAGGGCUACCCCCUUUAAUCUGCAGGGGAAGGGGGUAUUGUUGGAAACGAUAGCUACAGCAGGAAAGUGGAAGAAGGAAGGAAGCUUCUGUGGGAGCAACGAACCUACCUCUGUUCUGGAUACGAGAAGGAGCCCAAGCCCACCAACAUCAACCUCCACCCUGUCUUCUUCCUUAGGCGGAGGCAGCGGCUCGUCUGACACAGCCGUCGUGGCGGCAGUUUCCGACAAUCCCCCGCACAAAUGGCUGCCUUCCCAAGACGAGAGCUCCGCUGCAGCUGCGGCAGCAGCAGCGACAUCCGACGGCGGUGGGAGCGGCAGCAGCAGCAGCAGGAAGGAUGAGUGGGCGUCGGAGCUGCAGCCGAUACCGGCAUCUUUGGAAAUCGGAGGGGCUGGUGGUGGCGAGAAAUGCGGCGGUGGCGGGCUUGGGAUGGAUGAUUGGGAGAACAUGCUUUCGGAAUCAGCAGCUUCGCCCAGCAACGAGCAGUCAUUCUUCCCUUGGUUUGGCGAUAUGGACGACCCUUCUUUGAAGCAGUUGUUGCAGAGCGGCGGUGGCACCGGUGGUGGGGGGCCGACGGAGUUCGAAACGGGUGGUGGGGGAUUUGGGCUUGUGGAUCCAGGAUUUGGGUUUGAAUCCGUUGGUGGAGUUUCAGCUUCUAUGAAUGUCAAUGCCAAUGCUAUCAAUCCUUCUGUAGCUUCUGCUGCUGAUUUUCCUUUGAACAGCAGCAAUAGGCUGCUUUCAGUUCAAAACCCUUCUCAUCUUCCUAAUUUCAAAGGCCCUUGCUUUGUCAGCGGCAACAAUAGCAGCAAUCCUCCAAAUCCCAUCUUCGCUCCAUCAGCUAAUACUCUUUCUCUGCCCUUAUCCUUACCACCCAGCGUAUUUUAUCAGCAGCAGCAGCAGCAGCAGCAGCUCGAAGCCAUUGACGAAAAGCCUCAGAUUUUCAGCACCCAACAUCUCAUAAACCAGCAACAGUCCCACCCCCCUCAAAACCCAUCUUUCUUCCUUCCCUUAUCUUAUGGCCAGCGGGAGCAGCAGCACCUCCUCCUUCCUCCACAGCCCAAACGCCACCAUCCCCUCGAUCCCGGCAUCCCCAAAAUCCCAUUCUCCGAUUCGGGCCAGGAGCUUUUCCUCCGUCGACAGCAGCAGCAGCAACAGCAGCAGCCCUUGCCGCAGCAGCAGGGAUUUUCUAAUCUACACCUCCUCCCACAUCACCUCCAGCAGAGGCCGAUGAAACCCAAGGUGGCAGGCUCCAUCGAAGACCCAAAUCACCAUCACCAGCAGCAGCAGCAGCAGCAGCAGCAGGCAUUGGUCGACCAGCUCUUCAACGCCGCCGAGCUGGUCGAGACCGGGAAUUCCGUACACGCGCGAGGGAUAUUGGCGCGGCUCAAUCACCAGCUCUCCCCUGUUGGGAAGCCCCUCCAGAGGGCAGCUUUCUACUUCAAGGAGGCCCUGCAACUGCUCCUCAACACCACCCCUCCUUCACCCCGCCCGCUUACAUCCCCCUUUGACGUUGUCUUCAAGAUCAGUGCCUACAAGGCCUUCUCUGAGAUCUCCCCUUUCCUCCAAUUCACCAAUUUCACCUCCAACCAGGCCCUCCUCGAGGUCCUUGACGGUUUUGACCGCAUCCACAUCAUUGAUUUCGAUAUUGGCUUUGGUGGGCAAUGGGCCUCUUUCAUGCAGGAGCUCCCCCUCAAACUCAGUGGCGUUCCAUCCUUGAAGAUCACUGCCUUCGCCUCCCUGGCCUCCCACGACCCCCUCGAGCUCGGUCUCACCCGGGAGAACCUCUCCCAUUUCGCCAGCGACCUCAGCAUUCCCUUUGAAUUCAAUGUUGUGAACCUUGACUCCUUAGACCCAUCGUCAGCCUUCCUUGGGCUUUCUGAUUCCGAGGCAGUCGCUGUUAACCUCCCUGUCGGAUCAUCCAGCCCGUCCAUCCCUUUCCUCCUCCGCCUUGUCAAACAGCUUGACCCCAAAAUCAUUGUCUCCGUCGAUCGCGGCUCUGACCGCAGUGACCUCCCCUUCUCCCACCAUUUCCUCCACGCUCUCCAAUCCUACUCGCUCUUGCUGGACUCGCUCGACGCCGCCAACGUGAAUUCUGACGCAGUGCACAAGAUCGAGAGGUUCCUGCUCCAUCCAAGGAUUGAGAGCCUCGUAUUGGGACGGCAUCGGGCGGGCGAAAAGAUGCCGCCUUGGAGGACCCUUUUUGCAUCAGCUGGGUUUUCGCCCCUGCCCUUCAGUAAUUUUACAGAGACGCAGGCGGAAUGCCUGGUGAAGAGGCUUCAAAUGAGGGGAUUCCAUGUAGAAAAGCGCCAGGCAUCACUCUAUCUCUGCUGGCAGCGGGGAGACCUUGUCUCUGUAUCGGCUUGGCGGUGCUGAAGUGCUGCAUUUUCACAGGCAUGUUUCCAUGUAACUCUCUCAAGAGCAACAUUUGAAGGCGCCCAUCAUAAGUACAUAACACCUCUAUUGUUUUAACUUAAUAAAUUCCAUGCUGUGGAUGUUCUAUGGCGGGUGCCCGUUCUGUUAUCAUCUACUUUGGAGUUUCAUUGCCUGUGGUUCUCCUCCUCUGAUGUCUCUUCUUGCCAGAUUGUUUUUCUUUUUCUUUUUCUUUUUUACUAAGUUAGAAACAUUUGAGAAACUGGAAUGUCUAGUACAGUUCUCUUUCUUUCAAUUGGAUAUGGGUAUUAUCACUGUUAUGGUGUUUUAGAUGUCUUCUAUGCUAGAAGCAUCAGUUAGUUGCUUCUUGUUAAGGGUGGUGGCGGCGGGUUGUACACUUGACAAGGAAAAGAAGAAGGAGAAUUUUAACGCCCCGAA